CUUCUUUUUUUCUUAAAGAAGCAAAAUCAUAUAUACACUGCAUAUGGUAGUCAUUCACACAGUUGAAGGUUUAUAGAAGGCAGCGAGAAUGAGAAAGGAACUCUGCAGAAACUUUCAGCGUGGCAGUUGUAGGUAUGGGGAAAAUUGUAAAUUUCUUCAUCCACAACAGGCUAAACCAAAUAAUCCCUUUGGCUUUGGUUCACAACAACAACCACAACAACAACAGCAGCAGCAACAAAAGAGUUCUAACCCUUUUGGAUUUGGUGUACAAAGUGGUGGUGGUGGUUCCAGCAGACCCAAUCAGUUCCAGCCUUUCGAGAAUACAUGGUCACGGACGGGUUCUACACCUAAUGCUGCUGGUGGUGCUUCUGCGCAGCAGACUGGUGGUAAACAGACGCAGUCUGCAGACCAUAAAUGCACAGAUCCUGCUGCGUGUAAGCGGGUAAUGCAAGAUGAUUUUAAGAAUGAGAGACCUAUGUGGAAACUCACAUGCUAUGGCCACUGGAAAUAUUUUCCAUGUGACGUUACUGGUGAUAUCAGCUAUGAAGAGCUACGUGCAAUGGCAUACGACGAAGCUAAACGAGGAAUACCUCUACAGUCUAUUGUUGAGAGGGAGAGAAAUUUGCAAAACUCCAAAAUAGCUGAGUUUGAAAACUUUCUGCGGAAUCCGUACAAAGGCUCUGUUACCGCCAACCAAAGCCCGUUUGCUUCACCCACUCCUAGUAUAUUCCCACCAACCAAUCAGAUCAAUUCUUCUCCUCCAGCAUUCUCUGGCUUUAAUCAACAACCUGCAUUCCCAAAUACCAAUGCUGGUGGACUCAGUUCAUCUGGACCUCUGAAUGCCUUUGCAAGCUUCAGUCACCAAUCAAAUAAUCAACAAACUACAUUUCCCAAUACCAAUGCUGGUGGAGUCAGUUCAUCUGGACCUCCAAAUCUCUUUGCAAGCUUUAAUCAACAACCGAACAAUCAACAAGCUGCAUUCCCAAAUACCAAUGCUGGUGGAGUCAGUUCAUCUGGACCUUCGAAUGCCUUUGCAAGCUUUAAUAAACAACCAAAUGCUUUCAGCGUCAAUACACCUCAACCUGUUCCUUCAGGUCCCUCUGGUUUUCAAACCCAACCAUCAGUAGCAUUCAAACCAGCGUCAUUUGGACCUGGACCCGGACUCGCCACAACUCCACAAAACAAUAACAUCUUUGGUCGACAAACUCCAACGCCGGCUCCCAACAAUUCCCAGAACAAUGCAUUUAACUUCAAUGUCCCUGUUGCAUCUUUCACUGCUCCUUCUGUAGACACAACAAAUACAUCCUCCGGAACUGAGCUGCAAAUACAAGGUGAUCCUGUUGAUAGUAGUAUAUGGUUAAAGGAGAAAUGGAAUCCAGGGGAGAUUCCAGAACAAGCCCCGCCAGAUGCCUUUGUUUAAACAAAAUAUGAAAUGAGACAUUGAAUCAGUGUUGAAAUAGUUAGUUUUACAUAUAGGCAAGCGUUGUAAACAUGGCGCAGAAAACGCCUUGUGAUCAUUUUACAUUUGUGUAAAGAUUUUAUGAACCAAGUUAGACCAGUUCAACUCCACCAAUGUUAGUUUCUCCGCAACAUCAUAAAUUUGAACUUUGUUUCAAAACAAUAACUUCAAGGUAUCAAACUAUAAAAACCAUAUCUUUCUCACAA